CUUUAUACAGACAUGUGCGUGGCCAUGUGGAGAUGCGACUCUUAUGAGCGUGUCUCUGACGAUUCGGGGAUGAAGCCAGCGCGCAGUCCAGCAGCGGUUUCCAGGAGCUGACUCCAUCUUCAGAGGCUCUGCUCAACUCAGAGCCGCUGCUUCUUCCAAAGCCUACAUCUUGGCGGACUUUGCAGAGGAAACUUGGGGGUAGAGACACGUGAGGUGGUGAUGGAACUUGACGAACACCUUUAUGAAAGCACAGACGAGAACUUCUCAAAGAUGGGCAAAAAGAGUAAAAAGGAGAAGAAAGAAAAGAAACCAGCAGUCAGUGUGCUUACAAUGUUUCGCUAUGCGGGUUGGCUGGACAGGUUGUACAUGCUGGUGGGAACUUUGGCUGCCAUUAUCCACGGAGUUGCGCUCCCACUCAUGAUGCUGGUCUUUGGAGACAUGACAGAUAGCUUUGCAAAUGCGGGGAACUUCCCGCCCAACAUGACUAAUAUAAGUUACUACAAUAAUACAGAUGUCUAUGCCCAACUGGAAGAUGAAAUGACCACGUACGCCUACUAUUACACGGGGAUCGGUGCCGGUGUGCUCAUAGUUGCCUACAUCCAGGUUUCAUUUUGGUGCCUGGCAGCUGGAAGACAAAUACACAAGAUUAGGCAGAAGUUUUUUCAUGCUAUAAUGAAUCAGGAGAUCGGCUGGUUUGACGUGCAUGAUGUUGGGGAACUCAACACCCGGCUCACAGAUGAUGUCUCCAAAAUUAAUGAAGGAAUUGGUGACAAAAUUGGAAUGUUCUUUCAGGCAAUGGCAACAUUUUUUGGUGGUUUUAUAAUAGGAUUUACUCGUGGCUGGAAGCUAACCCUUGUGAUUUUGGCCAUCAGCCCUGUUCUUGGACUGUCAGCUGGUAUUUGGGCAAAGAUAUUAUCUUCAUUUACUGAUAAGGAACUCCAUGCCUAUGCAAAAGCUGGAGCAGUUGCUGAAGAAGUCUUAGCAGCCAUCAGAACUGUGAUUGCAUUUGGUGGACAAAAGAAGGAACUUGAAAGGUACAACAACAAUUUGGAAGAAGCUAAAAGGCUGGGAAUAAAGAAAGCUAUCACAGCCAACAUCUCCAUGGGUGCAGCUUUUCUGCUUAUCUAUGCAUCAUAUGCUCUGGCAUUCUGGUAUGGGACUUCCUUGGUCAUCUCAGAAGAAUACUCUAUUGGACAAGUGCUCACUGUCUUCUUUGCUGUAUUAAUCGGAGCAUUCAGUGUUGGACAAGCAUCUCCGAACAUCGAAGCCUUCGCCAACGCAAGAGGAGCAGCUUAUGAAGUCUUCAAAAUAAUUGAUAAUAAGCCCAGUAUAGACAGCUACUCAAAGAGUGGGCACAAACCAGACAACAUACAAGGAAAUCUGGAAUUCAAAAAUAUUCACUUCAGUUACCCAUCUCGAAAAGAAGUUCAGAUCUUGAAGGGCCUCAACCUGAAGGUGAAGAGUGGACAGACAGUGGCCCUGGUCGGCAACAGUGGCUGUGGGAAAAGCACGACUGUGCAGCUGAUGCAGAGGCUCUACGACCCCACCGAGGGCGUGGUCAGUAUCGAUGGACAGGACAUCAGGACCAUCAAUGUGAGGUAUCUGCGGGAAAUCAUUGGCGUGGUGAGUCAGGAACCUGUGCUGUUUGCCACCACGAUCGCCGAAAACAUUCGCUAUGGCCGAGAAGAUGUCACCAUGGAUGAGAUAGAGAAAGCUGUCAAGGAAGCCAAUGCCUAUGACUUCAUCAUGAAACUGCCCCACAAAUUUGACACCCUGGUUGGUGAGAGAGGGGCACAGCUGAGUGGGGGACAGAAACAGAGAAUCGCUAUUGCUCGCGCGCUCGUCCGCAACCCCAAGAUCCUUUUGUUGGACGAGGCCACCUCAGCCCUGGAUACAGAAAGUGAAGCUGUGGUUCAGGCCGCUCUGGAUAAGGCUAGAGAAGGCCGGACCACCAUUGUGAUAGCUCAUCGCUUGUCUACAGUUCGAAAUGCUGACGUCAUUGCUGGGUUUGAUGGCGGUGUCAUUGUGGAGCAAGGAAAUCAUGAUGAGCUCAUGAGAGAGAAGGGCAUUUACUUCAAACUUGUCAUGACACAGACAGCAGGAAAUGAAAUUGAAUUAGGAAAUGAAGCUUCUGAAUCUAAGGAUGGAAUUGAUAAUUUAGACAUGUCUUCAAAAGAUUCGAGAUCCAGUCUAAUAAGAAGAAGAUCAACUCGCAGAAGCAUCCGUGGACCACAUGACGAAGACAAGAAACUUAGUAGCGAAGAGGCCCUGAAUGAUGACAUACCUCCAGUUUCUUUUUGGCGGAUCCUGAAGUUGAAUUCGACUGAAUGGCCUUAUUUUGUAGUUGGUGUAAUUAGUGCCAUAAUAAACGGAGGCUUGCAACCAGCGUUCUCUAUAAUAUUUUCAAAGGUUAUAGGGAUUUUUACAAGAUACGACCCCCCUGAAACCAAACGGGAGAAUAGCAACUUGUUUUCCUUAUUGUUUCUGAUCCUUGGGAUCAUUUCAUUCAUUACAUUUUUUCUUCAGGGCUUCACAUUUGGCAAAGCUGGCGAGAUCCUCACCAAGCGACUCCGAUACAUGGUUUUCAAAUCCAUGCUGAGACAGGAUGUGAGCUGGUUUGAUGACCCUAAAAACACCACAGGAGCACUGACCACCAGGCUUGCCAACGAUGCUGCUCAAGUGAAAGGGGCUACAGGGUCAAGGCUUGCUAUUAUUGCCCAGAACAUAGCAAAUCUUGGAACAGGAAUUAUCAUAUCCCUAAUCUAUGGCUGGCAGUUGACGCUUUUACUCUUAGCAAUUGUACCCAUCAUUGCUAUAGCAGGAGUGAUUGAGAUGAAAAUGUUGUCUGGACACGCACUGAAAGAUAAGAAGGAACUAGAAGGUUCUGGAAAGAUUGCUACAGAAGCAAUUGAAAACUUCCGCACUGUUGUCUCUUUGACUCGGGAGCAGAAGUUUGAAACUAUGUAUGCCCAGAGCUUGCAGGUACCAUACAGAAAUUCUCUGAAGAAAGCACAUAUAUUUGGGAUAACGUUCUCCUUCACCCAGGCCAUGAUGUAUUUCUCCUAUGCUGCUUGUUUCCGGUUUGGUGCCUAUUUGGUAGCACAAGAACUCAUGACUUUUGAAAAUGUUCUGUUAGUAUUCUCAGCUAUUGUCUUUGGUGCCAUGGCAGUUGGGCAGGUCAGUUCAUUUGCUCCUGAUUACGCGAAAGCCAAAGUGUCAGCAUCCCACAUCAUCAGGAUCAUUGAGAAAACCCCUGAGAUUGACAGCUACAGCACAGAAGGCCUAAAGCCUAGUGUGUUAGAAGGCAAUGUGAAAUUUAAUGGAGUCAUGUUCAACUAUCCCACCCGACCCAACAUCCCAGUGCUUCAGGGACUGAGCCUCGAGGUGAAGAAGGGCCAGACACUGGCCCUGGUGGGCAGCAGUGGCUGCGGGAAGAGCACAGUGGUCCAGCUGCUUGAGCGCUUCUAUGACCCCAUGGCUGGAUCAGUGUACCUAGAUGGCAAAGAAGUAAAGCAACUGAACGUCCAGUGGCUCCGAGCUCACCUGGGCAUUGUGUCCCAGGAGCCCAUCCUGUUUGACUGCAGCAUCGCUGAGAACAUCGCUUACGGAGACAACAGCCGGGUCGUGUCUCAUGAUGAGAUUGUGAAGGCGGCCAAGGAGGCCAACAUCCACCAGUUCAUCGACUCGCUGCCUAAUAAAUACAACACCAGGGUAGGAGACAAAGGAACUCAGCUGUCGGGUGGGCAGAAGCAGCGCAUUGCCAUCGCACGCGCCCUCGUCAGACGGCCUCACAUUUUACUUCUGGACGAAGCAACAUCAGCUCUGGAUACAGAAAGUGAAAAGGUUGUCCAGGAAGCGCUGGACAAAGCCAGGGAAGGCCGCACCUGCAUUGUGAUCGCACACCGCCUGUCCACCAUCCAGAACGCAGACUUGAUAGUGGUCAUUCAGAACGGCAAGGUCAAGGAGCAUGGCACCCACCAGCAGCUGCUGGCCCAGAAAGGCAUCUAUUUCUCAAUGGUUAGUGUGCAGGCUGGAGCAAAGCGCUCAUGAACCGACCAUGUAAGAUGUUAAAUAUUUUUAAUGUUUGUAUCCAUAUAUGGCAUUUAAUCAAAGUCAAAAGGAAACUACUUACUAGAAUAGCCAGUUAUCUAUUUCCUGUCACAAUGGAAAGCAUUUAGUCUGGUUUAGAGUCUUCAGAGACUUUGUAAUUCAAAGAAAAAAAAAAAACAAAUACAUCAUCAAAUGGAGAGUAAUGGUUGAAAACACAUUAUAAAAUUUAUAAAAGAGUUAAAAGUAAAUGUUUGAUAAUAUAUACUUUUAUUUAUACUUUCUCAUUUGUAACUAUAACUGAUUUCCUUGCUUAACAAAUUAUGUAUGUAUUAAAAAUUACUGAAAUAUCUGUACAAAUUAUAUAUAUAUUGAAAGUGAACGUAUUUUUGAGUUAUUUUACUCAAAAUGCAUAUGAAGUUACAUAUUCUACCAACUGGAAUAUUGUACAUAAUUUUGGCCUUUAAAAAUUAGUUUAUUGUCGGGGGUCACUCUAUGGGUAAAGUGCCUGAUGGUACACUGACGUGAGUACCUGAGUUCAGAUCCCUAGCAGCUAAGUAAGCAGCAAGGUGUGGUGCAUUUGUAAUGCCAGUGCUAGAGGCAGAAACAGACAGAUCCUGUGGGCUCAGUGGUCAGCCAGCCUAGCCAACAUAGGGAGCUCCAGGUUCAGUGAGAAAACUUGUCUCAAAAAUAAGAGGGAAAAGCAAAUAAGGAUAUCACACAUGUGCACUCAUACAAAUGCCAUACAUGCAGAAGUAUGGAUACACACACACACACACAGAUUAACAGAGGGCAAGCAAAGAAUUAAGAGGGUGGGACUGGGACAAAGGAGGGUACCUGGAUGAAUAUGACUGAAUGUACAUGUAUGAAAAUAUCGUACUGAAACUCACUAUGAUGUAUACUUAAUAUAUGCUAAUAAAAUAUUUUAAAAGGAA